UCCUGACCAUUUUAUCUCACUCUCACAAAGUCUUCACUUUUGAAGUGUCUCCUCCACACGCACUGCGCCGCCAAAAAACCCUUCUUUAAACCCUUUCCUCCUCGCGCCGUCAUGCAAGCCACCAUCUUCUCUCCACGCGCCACUCUCUUCCCCUGUAAACCUCUCCUCCCUUCCCACAAUGUCAACUCUCGCCGUCCCUCAAUCAUCUCCUGCUCCGCCCAAUCCGUAACCGCUGAUCCUUCACCACCUAUCACUGACACCAAUAAGCUCAACAAAUACAGCUCAAGAAUCACUGAACCCAAAUCCCAAGGUGGGUCUCAAGCAAUUCUUCACGGUGUUGGUUUAUCAGACGACGAUUUGCUAAAACCCCAGAUUGGUAUCUCGUCGGUUUGGUAUGAAGGGAACACUUGUAACAUGCAUUUGCUGAAAUUGUCUGAGGCUGUGAAAGAAGGAGUUGAAAAUGCAGGAAUGGUUGGGUUUAGGUUUAAUACUAUUGGUGUGAGUGAUGCUAUUUCGAUGGGAACGAGAGGGAUGUGUUUUAGUUUGCAAUCUAGGGAUUUGAUUGCUGAUAGUAUUGAGACUGUUAUGAGUGCUCAGUGGUAUGAUGGUAACAUAUCUAUUCCCGGUUGUGAUAAAAAUAUGCCUGGAACUAUUAUGGCUAUGGGAAGGCUUAACAGACCAGGGAUUAUGGUUUAUGGUGGAACCAUUAAGCCUGGCCAUUUUCAAGACAAGACAUAUGACAUUGUAUCUGCUUUCCAGAGUUAUGGAGAAUUUGUUAGUGGCUCCAUAAGUGAUGAACAGAGAAAGACUGUCCUCCAUCAUUCAUGUCCUGGAGCUGGAGCCUGUGGUGGCAUGUACACAGCGAAUACAAUGGCUUCUGCUAUCGAAGCAAUGGGAAUGUCCCUUCCUUACAGUUCUUCAAUACCUGCUGAAGACCCAUUGAAGUUGGACGAGUGUCGCUUAGCAGGAAAAUAUCUUCUAGAAUUGCUAAAGAUGGACUUAAAACCCCGUGACAUUAUCACUCCAAAAUCACUUCGUAAUGCAAUGGUUUCCGUCAUGGCCCUUGGGGGAUCGACAAAUGCAGUAUUGCAUCUAAUUGCUAUUGCAAGGUCUGUUGGUUUGGAGUUGACUCUUGACGAUUUUCAGAAAGUUAGCGAUGCGGUUCCAUUUCUAGCAGAUCUUAAACCCAGUGGGAAGUAUGUUAUGGAGGAUAUACAUAAGAUAGGUGGUACGCCAGCUGUUCUCCGCUAUUUAUUAGAGCUAGGAUUGAUGGAUGGUGAUUGUAUGACAGUGACAGGGCAGACUUUGGCUCAAAAUUUAGAAAACGUCCCAAGCUUAACAGAAGGGCAGGAGAUAAUUAGACCUCUGUCAAAUCCAAUCAAGGAGACUGGACACAUACAAAUUUUGAGAGGAGACCUUGCACCAGAUGGUUCUGUAGCAAAAAUUACCGGCAAAGAGGGCUUAUAUUUCUCUGGUCCUGCACUUGUAUUUGAAGGAGAGGAAUCUAUGUUGGCUGCUAUAUCAGCAGACCCAAUGAGUUUUAAGGGAACUGUGGUUGUUAUCAGAGGAGAGGGGCCUAAAGGAGGUCCAGGUAUGCCUGAGAUGUUGACACCGACAAGUGCAAUAAUGGGUGCCGGUCUUGGAAAGGAAUGUGCAUUACUGACUGAUGGUAGGUUCUCUGGUGGGUCACACGGUUUUGUUGUUGGCCACAUUUGCCCUGAAGCUCAGGAGGGUGGUCCGAUCGGUCUGAUCAAGAACGGAGACAUAAUCACCAUUGACAUAGGAAAGAAGAGAAUAGACACACAAGUCUCACCCGAAGAAAUGAAUGACCGUAGAAAGAAAUGGACUGCUCCUGCAUACAAGGUUAACCGCGGAGUCCUAUAUAAGUACAUCAAGAACGUGCAAUCGGCUUCAGAUGGAUGUGUGACUGACGAGUAAAGUGAACGAUCUAAGAGAGAGUUUUGUGAAUGAGCAGCAGAAUGUAGUGUACGUUCAUGAGGGAAUUUGUAAGUUUAUUUAUUGUAGCUUCUAGAUCAUGUUACUUUGUGACUGAUCAUUAGCUAUUUGCAGGGUUCGUUUUUAAGAUUUUGUUUCUCUUAAAUGUCAAAAUAAAAACUUGUGAUUGUGGCCGAAUUCCAAAGAAUAUAAAGACAGAAUAAAGACGGAUUUGCAUAAAUACUUGUCUAUGAGAUUGAACUUAAGAGCCAAUGUGGCAAACCA